AUGCAAUCAGGCGAAGAUUUUUCUAGCCGAGCCACCAGCACAAUUACUGGCUCGCUGACCAACUCAACAGCUUCACUACUGACCAACGAACAAGAGCAACAACAAUACAUACCAGUUGAACGCGACCCAUUUGGAUUACUGAAACCCAAGGCAAUGAAAGCGACAACGGGGCAAGGCUAUCGUCAGCCAUGGCGGCAAUCUAUGGACGGUGCAAGUGCACAAACGCAGGCCGCUGCUUUUGUUACGCCCAACUCAGGUCAAAAGCUGCCACACUAUACGAAAUUGCAGUAUCGUGGUGAUAUACGGUCACCCAAAGCCGUUACGUCCACACAAGUGGAGCCAGGCACUUUCUAUGCAGGCGAUUUGGAAACGGUGGAGGAGAAGCUUCAACAAAAGCAACAACAACAGCAACAACUGAUACCAAUAGCUAAGUCGCACUCAACGGCCUCCAGUAUACGACGCAUACGGCGACCACGUCAAUGGGUGGCGCCACUAAAGCGGCUUUCGCGCGCGGAAGAGAAGGCGACACAGGCGGCGAAGUUGGGCAUUUUGCUUAAAGGACGUGCAUUCAUUUUCGAGUUUCUGCAAGGCUCUUCCAUACAUGGCUUCAUCUAUUUGGCAAAAAUCGGGCUGAGUAUAGUCGAGCGUAUGAUUUGGCUCGCCUUCAUCUGUUUGGCGCUCUUCGCCAUCAUUUCGUUGAGUAAACGUACGUGGGAACGUUUUCAGACAUCACCCAUGGUCAUAUCUAUGGAUCGCAAUAAGUUGGUGUGGAAUACAAGCUUUCCCUCGCUCACUGUUUGUCCGCAUAAACGCAUUGAUGAAUUAAAAGUUGAGGAGUACAUGGAGAAACAUCCCGAAACCUUCGAAACGGAACAGGAUCGUAUCGAUUUUCAUGCUUUCAUCGAGAAGUUGGCGCGUCUCACCUAUGAAAAUAUUGAAACACUACCGCGUAAUAAAACUUUCGGCAUACCGAGCAGCAAGUACCUGGAUUUGCUGUAUGAACUCAAGUGGAACUUCGAGCCGGAGAUGAGUAGUGGCGCCGCCGUGCAAAUGUUCAUAUAUGAAACACUCACCGAAUUCGGUAUUUGUCAUUCGGUGAACUCGCUUGUGGCCCGUUAUAAUUCUUAUGACUAUUGGAAACGCAACGACUGGAACAUACUGGAUCAUGGAGAUCGUGUCACCGUCCACCCGCUAGAUGGUGAAAUUUAUGCACAGAUUAUAAACCUCUCCACCGCGUAUGAUGUCUAUUUUCAUGGCUCAGGUGAUAUACCGAACAUAUCCAAGCAACGUUACACAUUUCCAGAAACCGAUUAUACGACAGUGGAAUUGAUCGCGCUAGAGAUCUACACAGCGGAGGAGGCGAGGGCCUUCACCACCAAACAACGCAAAUGUCGCUAUCAAUACGAGGCCGAGGAGAUGCUAACUUCGCCCAUUUACAGUUUCGGACUCUGCUUGGCCGAGUGCCGCAUGUUCUUCGCGCUUAAAGUGUGCGGUUGUGUGCCGCAUUUCUAUCGCAAUCGCUUGAAAAAUGGACGAGUUUUGCGUAUUUGCGACUUCGAUGGACUUGCCUGUUUGGAGGAUAUAAAAAGAGAAAUCAUCUCGCUCAAGUCCAGCCGGUAUAAAAUCGAUUGUCAUUGCCUGUCAAAUUGCGAUGACUCCAAUUUCUUUGUGCAGUCCCAUCGAUCCAGAGUUUGGUUUUUGGGCGCAAACCUCCAGUGGGGCAUUAUAGACUAUCCAAAAAUGCAGCUUAGACGUGAUGUGCUCUUCUCCUUUGCUGAUGUGUUGGUUUAUAUUGGCGGUCUAAUUGGCUUUUUCCUGGGUUGCAGUGCUCUAAGCUUCACGGAAGUCAUCUACUAUUUUACCGCCCGUCUUGUGAAGAGAUUGUUUUGGACAUAAAAAGUGCUACAACAUGCUAUCAUAACAUAAAACGGAAUCAGCUUAUUGAUAAAAAUAAAAGUAUUCAAUGAAAAUUAAAGCCUUAAAAAGCACAAAAAAGCUCUACAGCUAAAAGUGGCGUCAUUAUGGCGACCACAGACCGAUUUGUUUACGCACAAAACAAAUGAACGCACGAGUUGUUUUAAAACUACACUGAAUAAAUAUCAAGUAUAAACAAUUUAUACAUACACACAUACUGAUAUUUUUAAAAUUAAGCGUUCUAUAUAGCUUUGGCCCCAACUACCUACUACAUGCUGACAUGUAAAAAUUAACGAACCGCUGCCUGUACUACUCAUGCCAUUCGAGGACCACGCUUAAUGCCGGUUAUUUAUGCCGGAAACGUCGCCAGUAUUUUUGGCUUAAUGCUACAACAACAAAAAGUACACACACAUACAUACAUAUGCAUACAUAUAGUAUAAAAUUAAUAUGGACGCUUGUUUAUUGACUAUAAGCCCAGAAAAUUGUUGAACAAAUAAACAAAUCAACAUUCAACAGAAAUUGUGGCACCACAAUCAACUUUCCGUUUUAUUGAUACAAAAUUGUUUGGAGAGUGAGGUUAGAAAACCAUUCCAUAUCCUUGUAGUACUACCACACAAAACCCAUUCCAUUAGCAAUAUGACUUUGGAAAAAAGAAGAAAACUAAAUGACCACGCGUGGCAUCACUGUGGCGUCACCAAAAUCAAACGUUAUGUGGCAGCAGUAAGAGCAAGCUAAUAGGGAGCAGAAUGUGUCUUGCCUUUCGAUACAUACGUACAUCCUCGUCUAUGUGCGCCCAGCGUAUUUGCGACAAAUUGCCAGAUACAAGCCAUAAAUGGCAAAGGGUAGAAAUCUGCAAAGGUUGUACAACUUCCGACCAACGGAAUUUCACUUUGAACAUCAACAAGCCCACGGGCCGAAGAACUUUUAUUAUUCAUAAGCGGAGUCCGUGAAACAGUCAGUCAAUUUGGCAGUAGUGAAAGCGUCAAUGGUGAAACUAGAAAAAUGUGUUGCUGAUAAAGGCAAUGCGCGUUUUCUGUUAAAAAGGGUGUUUCACAAGUUCAAUACAUCAAAACAUGCA